AUUUAGUGCUGCUUUGUCACGGAGCAUAUCACUUCGACAAUAAAGUGUUAAAUAUCGACAAUAACAAUCGUCAAUAAUAUAAAUAAUAUGAUUUCUUAUAUCUAUAAUUUCCUAUGUCGUUGUUGCAUUCGAUAUUAUUAAAAUUUAAACAUGGCCUAUAUAGUGACUGUUCAGUAAUUAUAGUAUAUAUAAAUGUUAUUUCAAGUAUUUAUUCGUUUUGAAUUCAAGUGAAUAUGGACGAUCAAAACAUUAUGGAUCUUGUGGAGAGCAGUGAUGAUGAAAGUCCGUCAUUGUCAAAAUUAAUGUCCGUUGAAGAUAUGCUUUUAGGUAAAGGUAGGCAAGAAAAAUCGUUGGGCAACUUGGCCACUAAGUUUGCUGAUCUUCUUCGAAACUCUCCGGAUGGAGUUAUGCAUUUAAACAAAGCUACUGCAAUGCUUGCUGUUAAACAAAAAAGAAGAAUUUAUGAUAUUACAAAUGUAUUAGAAGGUAUUGGUUUAAUAGAAAAAAAAACCAAAAAUCAAGUUAGAUGGAGGGGAGUUGAAACAACUGAAGAUGAUAAGACUGCUGGAAUGAGAACAAAACUUCAAGAAGAAAUACAAACUUUAAAGUGGCAAGAAGAUAUUUUAGAUAAGCAAUUAGAGAUUCUUAGUCGUGAUUUUAAAGUACUUAAAGAAGAAAAAUCUUUCGCUCGUUACAUGUAUUUAUUGAGUAGUGAAAUCUCCAACAAACAAGAAAAACGAUCAGUGUUUACUGUGCAACCUAUGGAAGCACUUAGAGGAGCUAGCAUUUCCAUACCAAGAACCAAAUUUAAUCGAAACUAUAGUAUUAAACCAUAUGAUAACAGUAUGCCCUUUAGGAUACAUUUUAAUUCUAAAACUGUGCCAGUUAAUAUAAAUCUUAUUUCAUUCAAAGCAUUUGGUAAACUUGAGAAUAAGAGAUGUUUUCCAGAAACUUAUAGUAAAUUAAGAAAAAUACCUCGCACUAAUUAUUCUGAUGAUGUAAAAACUAGUAUUAUACACAAUAAUGAAGAAUCUGAUGAUAUGGAAGAAAUUAUUAUACUGAAUAAAGAAGGUAAACAAGUGGAAAAAAAUAUAAAUUGUGAUACACUAGAAGAUAGUGGAACUAAAUCUUAUGCUAGAGUUCCUCCACGUUAUGAUCCAAUCUUCAGGUUGAGCCCACCUCCAUCGGUAAAUACUUUUCCAUGUUUAAUUGACCCUUCAGAAGGCGCAUUUGAAGCUUUUGAUAUUAAACCCAAAUUAUAAGAGUUAAAACCUAUUUAACAAAUGUUUAAAAAAUAUUGAUUACAUCACUUGAAUGUUUUAAUUAAUAUACCAUGUUAAUAAAUUACCAA